UGUAAACACAUUGACAGCUGAUGCCCGCGUGUAUCCAUGCCCUUGUAGACUGGUCGCGUUUUGUAGCCAGGCACUGAAUACCAGCGCCCUCCUUCCCUCCACAGCCUAAGUGCUGCCGAGUGCCGCCACCACCACCACUAAAACGGACCAGAGAUAAUGCGGGUGGAGCCACAGGCAGGUCGGGAACGUUGACCAGUGAGCAGUAAUAGUAGUGACAGAAGUGCCUGUGGUGUUGUGGUGUUGUGGUGCUUACUAGUGGUGAGACGUGGACAGAGUGAGCCGGCAAGAUGAUGUCCGAUGGGCGUUUGGUCGGGGACGGGUCGUGGGACUUGCACGUCCAGGUGACGGACUUGCAGGUGGAGCGGGUGCUGCGGGUGAAGAGUGACCUUCACAUUGGCGGCGUGAUGCUGCGGCUGGUGGAGGAGCUUGACAUCGCCAUUGAUUGGUCAGACCAUGCACUAUGGUGGCCCAAGAAAAACAUGUGGCUGACACACACCCGCUCCACCCUGGACCAGUAUGGGGUUGGGGCGGCUGCAGAAUUGGAGUUUACACCAAUGCAUAAAACCCUGCGUGUCCAGUUGCCAGACCUGCGGUACAUGGAAUUCAAGGUGGACUUCUCCAAAAAGACCUUCAAUGCAGUGGUUCAGCUGUGCAAGCAAUUGGGCAUCCGUUACCCUGAGGAGCUGUCCUUCUGCAAGCCACUGUCACAGGAUGACCUCAAGCACAACUACAGUGAGAAGCAGAUGAAGAAAAAGCCGACAGGAGCCGUCAAGAAUGGCACGCCAGCAGACACCAACUCCUUCAUAGCCAACAAGAGCCACAAUUCCACCAAUGGUUCCCUUGACCGUUCCAGCGGCUCCCACAACAACACUCUCAACUCCUCUGGCGGCAGGACGCCCAUCAGCCCCCGGUGAGGCACAUGGAAGCAUAACACAAGCAACAAUGGCAUUGGGAGCCUGAACAGCACCCUGGACAGCAUUGAUGGCUCGGAUGACCUGAGAGCUUCCCUUGUCAAUUCUCCUGCACGCCCGCCAGAUGACAUACGCAACAAAGCCCUUCGUCCCAAGUCUCUCCUUGAGAAGGCCAGGAUGAAUUUAAUGAAUUCUUUCAGAUGGUUGGACUCCUCUUUGUCCAUAAUGGAGCAAGGUGUGCGGGAGUUUAAUGUGCUGGUGCUCCGCUUCAAAUUCUUCUCCUUCUAUGACCUAAACCCAAAGUAUGAUGCAGUGCGCAUUAACCUCAUCUAUGAACAGGGCAAGUGGGCCAUUCUUAAUGAAGAGAUUGACUGUACUGAGGAGGAGAUGCUCAUGUUUGCAGCCUUACAGCUUCAAGUCACACCUGCAGAUGAACGCCACAGCCUGAGCCCAACCAUGGGGAGUGAGGAUGACAUUGAUAGGAUGAUGAAUGAUCUCCAGAUGUCCCUUGAGGGUUCCCACGUGUCCUCCAACCCAGCUGACAUCAUGCACAUCCCUGAGCUGGCUGAUUACCUGAAAUUCAUGAAACCCCGUCGAUUCACCCUGAAGGGUUUCAAGCAGUAUUACUUUACCUGUAAGGACAUGUGUCUCCGUUACUACAAGAGCAGUGAGAACACCAACGAGGAACCCAUUGAGAAGAUUAGCUUAAGGGGCUGCGAGGUCACCCCAGAUGUCAACAUUUCCCAGCAGCGCUAUGGUGUCAAGCUAGAGGUGCCAGCCCGGAUUGGCAUGAUGACAGACUACAUCAUCAGAUUCGCUACGGAAGACCAGUAUGCUCGUUGGUUGGCUGCCAUGAGACUUGCUGCCAAGGGCAAGUCUUUAGCUGACUCCUCUUAUGAGAGUGAAGUCAAGUCCAUCCAGGCCUUCCUUGCCAUGCAGCAUCCAUCCGCCCCUCAGAUCAAUCCUGAGUCCCUGGACAUCCAGCCAGAGGACUACAUGCCUCCUCGCUACUCCCGCCGCAUCAGGAGCAAGGGUUGGUGUGGAGCACCAUAUCCUGAAUAUAUGGGUGUGCAGCGUAUCCUUGAGGCCCAUGCCAAUGUGAAGGACUUGCCGCUGGUGGAUGCCAAGUUGCAGUACAUCCGUGCGUGGCAGGCACUGCCAGACUAUGGCAUCGCCCUCUUCCUGGUCAAGCACAUGGGUCACAAGCGUGAAGAGUUGCUGGGUGUGGCCUUCAAUAGGAUAAUGAGGAUGGAACCUGGCAGUGGUGACCACAUCAAGACAUGGCGUUACAACACAAUGAAGGCUUGGAAUGUGAACUGGGAGACAAAACACAUGAUGAUCCAGUUUGAAGAGGACAAUGUGGUGUUCUCUUGCCUCACAGCAGACUGCAAGGUGGUGCAUGAGUUCAUUGGAGGAUACAUUUUCCUGUCCAUGCGAACCAAGGAUGCCAAUCAGAACCUGAAUGAGGAGCUGUUCCACAAGCUAACUGGCGGGUGGGUCUGAGGGGCCAGUGAGCAGUGGCCCCAGUGGCGUGAGGUGUGUCAAGCUUCCAUGUACAUGUUUGGAAAUUAUAUUCUUGCAGGAAUUGUUACUGAUGAAGAAUUUCAGAGUUUAUCUUGCCAAUUUCAUGUUACUCUAAUUAAUCUAUAUUGAUAAAAAGAUAUGACAGAUCUAUUUUAACUAAUAUAUGUUGAUGCUGAUAAAUUCUGUUGAUGUAACAAAAACUCAAAAGUUAUGUAAGAGCUGCACUGUCUUUAUUGAAUAAGCUUGCAAAUAUUACAUAUUAAUUAGAAAUUCUGGUAUGGACUUGAAAUGUGACAUGGCUUCCAUCAUAUCAUUUUUACAUUGCAUACUCACACAGUAUUGUUCCCAGUAGUCAUGGGUUUAGUUACUCUACUAGCUUUAUUUCAACUUGUGGAGUAAUGCUUCCAUUCUCUUGUGUUCAAUAAAUUUAUUGUUACAUUUGUAUUUAUGCAUUGCUCUGAUGAUUCCUUUCCCUGAGAAAAUGUCUCCCAAGAGGACAGCCUUAAGAGAAGACUACAUCUUUUUCCCUUCAUGCUCACAAUCCCAUUAUUGUAUUUGCUCUUUCAUUUUAUUCCUUCUAUUCCUUGGAUACAAGUGUCAAACAGUUUGUAAAAUUUUGUCUCUUCCCUUUAUUUCUGUUAUGUUGAUAUUUUGUAAGUGUAUUUUCAUGUUGGUUUGAUGUGCCUCUUUAGAUUGGAGCUGAAACAAGGAGUUAAUGAGUAUGUGUGUAUGUGCAUGUGCUGUAUCUCUUGUUGUCAGAGCCACACAGAUAAUUUGUUAGUUUUUUUUUGCAAUAGAUGGAAAAAUGACAUUUGCUAACAUGAUGACAUAAAUCAUGCUUUGGAUAAUCAGUUUUUGGCUAACAUUAAGUUGAACUCUGUACUUUGUUCCUUUCUUGUAAAUAUUUAGAAUAAGUUAUAAAUUUCUUAUGUUAGCCAACCAGUUGUGGCUGGAAACUGGAGUUCUGCUGUUUGUGUAAAGGUUUGUUAGAGGUUAAUCUAAUAAUUCAUAUUUGCUAGGCAAGCUAAUUCUUGUACCUACUUAUUAUGAAUUUGUCUUCCUCCUCCAUACUUUUUUUCUUAAUGAAGAGGCAAGGUGAUGUCCGAGAACAAUUUACAAAUCUUGAAAGUUUGAACUACAUACUGAUUUAAUUGUGCUACUUCGCAGUCCAUUUUAAAAUAUCAGGAUGCAACUUUUAGGUAAGGAGUUACUAUAAAUCUAUGUAAAAGAAAAUUUCAGUCUUGGUUUUGAGCUUGUACUGUAGGGAAAUGGACCACAGUGCAGGCAGUUACUGCAGUCCUAUGUUGUCUUGCCUGUGGGUGUUAAUGCUACAGCUGGGAAGGAUAUUGUUGGGGAGGGCAGGCAAGGCAGGGCUGGGGGCUGACCAACAGAGCAGUAGCACUCACCAGCCAUUCAGACAUGUACAUAAGCUGAAAUUCAGUCGCUUUUUGUUUUCGCUUGCUUUCUGUAUUAUUUUGAUGACAUUAAAUAUUUUAAUGCAUAAUAAUCUGUAAAGCGCUAUCGUUACUUGAUUAAGUAGGUUAAAGAUAAACUGUAGCAUCUUCUUUGAAUGAAUAUUUAUUUUAAUAAGUACUGUGUAUUGAAUUAUAAGAUCUGAUGACAGAAUAUAUUUAAAUGAGGAUGUUACUGUAAAGCUGCAAACUAAAAAGUACAAUGAGGGAAAAAAUUAUACUGUCUCACCAUAUACAGUAAAUUGUGGCUACACACCUUCACUAACAUUGUCGUGGGUCUCUGAACACUUGUAGAGGCCUGGCUCAAGAUUUGCUUGUGUCUCCCUCCCUGUGCUCAAAAUGCUAGACAAUCAUGGAACAACUUGGGAGGCACUCAGAGGUUAUGUGUACUACAGUACUAGGAAUGCUUUAAAUAGGUUAGUUUUUGCCUACCUUCACCAUAUCAAAUGCCAUUUUAUGUACGAACAUUUCAAAGAUGUAUUAGAAGAAAGUGGAAUUGUAAGAGAAGGUAGAAAUCUUGGCCAGGGAUGUUUUUAUCCAGUAAUGUUAUGUAAAUCUGAAGGGAUAUUAUGAACACUUGGCCAAUAAUCUGGUGGUGUUUGUGUGCUCAGGACAGAUACAAUAUCUUACUCUUAAACAAACAACCUGUAUUGUUUCUUGUUGACGUGUGUGUGUGUGUGUGUGUGUGUGUGUGUGUGUGUGUGUGUGUGUGUGUGUGUGUGUGUGUGUGUGUGUGUGUGUGUGUGUGUGUGUGUGUGUGUGUGCAAUUUAAUUACCUUCUUUAAUUCUUUGCUUUGUUCUCUCUCUCUCUCUCUCUCUCUCUCUCUCUCUCUCUCUCUCUCUCUCUCUCUCUCUCUCUCUCUCUCUCUCUCUCUCUCUCUCUCUCUCUCUCUCUCUCUCUCUCUCUCUCUCUCUCUCUCUCUCUCUCUCUCUCUCUCUCUCUCUCUCUCUCUCUCUCUCUCUCUCUCUCUCUCUCUCUCUCUCUCUCUCUCUCAUUUCAUAAAUGCUACUCUUAUAGGAGUGUGCUUGAUAUGGAUUAUUGUGUGUUAGUUGUGUGUGUGAAAGCUGGAUGUUGUGUCACAUCACCAGGAGUGUCUGCAAAACAUGGGCAUGGUAAGUGUUUACUUUGAAACAAUAUUCCAUCUUUUGACUUGUAACUGUAUCACAUGAAAUAUUCAGUCCUUGUUGGAAUACUUACAGUUAUGAAUUAAGAGGUUGCUUUCAUUAUUAAGAAUUGUUAUUAAGAUGGAGUAGAUGCUACCACCAACCAACCUUGGCCAUUUACUAAAAUGUAGCAUGAUAGAGCAGUAGAGAUUUUGUGAAAAAUACCUAUUCACUAGUAGUGAGGAAUAGACAACAUUCAUAUGAUAGAAACUAUUUUGACAUGUCCCAAUGUACUGUGCACGUUUUUUGUGGUUGCCUAAUUGUUCAUAUUGUUAAGCUUGCUUGAGGUACAAGAUUAUAGUCCAUCAAACAUCCAGAUAAUUGUGGCUUAUACAGAGUUGAAGUCCAUCCAUGAAUAAACUGCCUUUGAAUGAUUCCUGCUGGUGUGGUCAGGAUGUACAGAACUUGUCCAUUUAUGGUGUUUGCCAACUAUAGCCUUAUUAAUGGUGCCUACUCUGCAUUUAAUGCUGAAAUAUAUGUAUAAUACAGUGAUAA